UUCAGAUGUUAAGUAUAAUAGCAAAUGUUUAUGUAUUUGUCAUUUCUCCACUAUGAUAUCCCACUUGUGCAGCAGCACUUUUAAAAGCAGCAGACACAAACCAGAACAUUCUUUUCUUUUCAAGAUUUCUGCAAAUUUGUGGUCCUUUAAUCCUUUCUUUUUGUAACCUUCGAAUGCUGCAGUAAAUAGCCUUCUCCACUAAGAUUGCAGUGGGGAAAGCUUUAUUCUUGCCCCAAGAUUGGUGCAUUUCAGUGCAUAUAAGUUAUACUUGCAGCAAAAAAUUUACUGCCCAUCUGUUCAGAAUCAAGAGAAUGAGGAGUUUUCUCUUGAGUUUUUUGUUAAUUUCAAGUGUUUUUAUACAUACCUCUCAGCAGCAGCAGCAGCCCAUCAAGACUAUUGUGGUGUUAGUGUUGGAGAACAGGUCAUUCGAUCACAUGCUUGGGUGGAUGAAGAAAUCUGUGAACCCUUUGAUCAAUGGGGUUACAGGAAGAGAAUGCAAUUCGGUUUCAACAAAGGCGGAUCUCAGUUCUGAAAAAAUCUGCUUCACUGAUGAUGCUGAGUAUGUAGAUCCGGACCCGGGUCACUCCUUUGAAGCUGUUGAGCACCAGGUAUUUGGUGGUGGCUCAAUUCCUUCAAUGUCUGGUUUUGUGGAGCAAGCUUUAAGCAUGUCUAAGAAUUUAUCUGAAACUGUUAUGAAGGGAUUUAGGCCUGAAAAUGUGCCAGUUUAUGCUGCUUUAGUCAGUGAAUUUGCUGUGUUUGAUAGAUGGUUUUCAUCAAUCCCUGGCCCAACUCAGCCCAAUAGGCUGUUUGUUUACUCUGCAACUUCUCAUGGAUCCACAAGCCAUGUGAAGAAGCAGUUGGCAAAAGGCUACCCUCAGCAGACCAUUUUUGAUUCACUUCAUGAGAAUGGGUUGAAUUUUGGUGUUUAUUUCCAGAACAUACCGACGACGAUGUUUUAUAGGAAUAUGAGGAAGUUGAAGUACAUAUUUAAGUUCCAUCAGUAUGAUUUGAAGUUCAAGAAAGAUGCUAGAAGUGGGAAGUUGCCUAGCUUGACUGUGAUUGAGCCUAGGUACUUUGAUUUGAAGGGGUUGCCGGCCAACGAUGAUCAUCCGUCCCACGAUGUUGCUAAUGGACAGAAGUUGGUGAAGGAGGUUUACGAGACAUUGAGAGCCAGUCCUCAGUGGAAUGAGACCCUUUUGGUCAUUACAUACGACGAACAUGGUGGAUUCUAUGAUCAUGUCCAAACUCCUUACAUUGAUGUUCCGAAUCCAGAUGGGAACACCGGCCCUUCACCUUAUUUCUUUAAGUUUGAUAGGCUCGGUGUUCGUGUGCCAACAAUAAUGGUCUCUCCUUGGAUCAAGAAAGGAACAGUGAUAAGAAAGCCCAACAGUCCAACCCCUAAUUCUGAGUUCGAACAUUCUUCAAUCCCUGCUACCAUAAAGAAGAUAUUCAAUCUUUCAUCCAACUUCCUGACUCAUAGAGACGCUUGGGCCGGCACGUUUGAGCAAGUCGUCGGUGAAUUAACUUCUCCAAGAACCGACUGCCCAGAAGUUUUACCUGAUGUGGCUCCCCUAAGGAAAACUGAGACGGACGAAAACAGGGGCUUGUCUGAGUUCCAGGGCGAGGUGGUGCAACUGGCAGCAGUUCUAAAUGGCGAUCAUUUCUUGAGCAGCUUCCCAGACGACAUGGGGAAGAAGAUGAACGUCAAGGAAGCUCAUGAGUACGUAAGGGGUGCCGUGUCAAGGUUCAUAAGGGCAAGCAAAGAGGCUAUCAAAUUGGGUGCCGACGAGUCUGCCAUUGUAGACAUGAGGUCUUCUCUAACCACUAGAUCCUCAAUCCACAACUAAGUUACGUCUAUCAAUGUCCCGUUCUUGUGCAUCAUUGUUUUCGUGGCCGUGUAGUGAUUCAUUAUUUGUGCUAGUUCUUGUCAGAAGACGCAGACGAGGUAGCGUGGAUAGCAAAUACCAAUUUCUUUUAGCAGCUCUAUCAAAAGUCAUGGUUUAUACACUGAAAACUGAAAAGCUUGAUGUGGUUCUUCUAAUAGAAUGCUUUAUAUGGGUAAAUAUGGAGGUACUUUGAGUCAGUCCAGCAUAAAGUGUGAAGUAUUAUUAGUUUAUGGUACAAAUUUGUGAUGCCCUGUGAAUUGUAAUCAAUACUUUUAUGUAUCUUUAACGAUGUAUUUUGUA